AUGGGUCGGUUCUCGUCCUGGGCGCAGAGCCGUGCAGCUGAGAGCCCCAAAGAGGAAGCCGCGGCCGAGGCCGUGCAGGAGAAGCAGCUGUUCAUCGUUGAGAACCUGCAGCUCCGCUCCAAGAGCAACGGCAUCAGAUACCGCUGCUCGCCGGACCUGGCUGACAAGCACAGCAAGGUCGCUUUGUUCGGAUCCCGUAUCAAGGGUAUUCCGUAUGGGGGCUGCUGGAUACAGGUUGGAAGUCGAUUUCUGCCAACUCACAUUGGCGGGGCAGAGGUCUUACGCCCUGUUGAGGACGGUAGUGCCGAGGGGAUCGCCGUAGAGCCUGUCGAUGAGGAUGUCAAGGACCAGGACAAGCUGCUCGGGCAAAUGCUCUUUGGUCGUUCAGAAGUCGAUGCUGGCUACAUCGAUCAGCGACAGCUUGACAAGUCGCCCACGCGACUAGCGCGAACUUUGAUCCGUCCGGAGACCUCCAUGACCGAUGCGCCAAUCUUGUCGGUUGGAGAUGGGGCUGUCUACGAGGUUCUGUAUGAUCGAGUUGCAAUUCGGUCUGCAGCAAGUACAACCUCCACAACCUUGGAGAUCAAACAGAAGGGCGAGACCGUAGAGCUCUUCGAGUGGGAUCCUUCACGUAAGUGGCGCCGCUGUGCGGCAGACGCGCUCGCAACAACCGCGGGCUGGGUGCUGCUGGACCAUCCAGAGUUUGGGCCUUUGGUGCGGCCAAAGGGGGCUCCGCUCUGCGCCCGACCGCUGGAGCCCUUGUGCGCUGCCGCCUCAGAGGCGCAGCUCGGAGAGCUGAGGCGAUUCCUGAACGAAGGACUUGACCCCCGCGUUUGUGACGCUGGCGGCAUUUCUGCGCUCACCCUGGCAGCGCAAUCAGAUGCCAGAGAUUGCGCGAUUCAUCUUAUCGAGGCCGGCGCUGUGACCACAGCCGCAGCAGGGGAUGCUGCGAUCAGGAAUGCCAGCAGUGCUGGCACUCGAGUCUUGAUCCAGGCGCUUCUGGGUCACAUUGUCGAGGAUGAUGCUGCACUACAGGAUGCCCUUGGAGAUCUCACGUUGGAGGCGCGGCUGGCGGCCGACAGGAUCCUGGAGCAGCUCUCCGAGGCGGCCGAGGCGGAGGCCCUGCGACGGGUUGGAUCCGGACCCGGUGACGCCGAGAGGACGCAGCCAGCGGCUGGUGAAGCAACAGCGGUUGAAUCAGAAGGUCAGCCCAAACUUCCGCGACGGAAGGGGGGAAAGCUCCACGAGGUGCUUCAUAAGGCCGUUGCCGUUCGAUACCUUCCAUCCACGACAGCGGACAUGGUUGGCACCCGAAUCCUGGGUCAGCUUGUCGAGCUCUUCGAGGAGAGCGCAUGGCAGAUGGAAAGUGGCGGAAAAUGGAAGAUGCAGAAAGUGGUGAAGAGGUCCGGAACCAGUGACAAUCCCAGCGACAGCCUGCAAGCUUUCAGCGACAUGUUAUGGCAAGGGCUGGAUGCUUCUGCAGCACCCACAGCUUGCAACUCAGCUGGGCUGCUUGCUUGCGUGCAGCAUGUGCAGCCCCUUAGACUGGAACAGAGGGCAGUCCUUGCCAACUCGGUAUGCGAUGCUCAUGGCUUCAAGCGAGAGCUCCGGGUCGCGCCUCAUGGGUAUGCCUGCAGCAGAUGGUCGGGCAUUGCGAAACUCAGAAUGGAUGCGGCAAAGCUCCACCGCCUCGUUAGCGUCAUGCCGCACAGCCGUUUACUCUUCUGCAUUCUGCAUGUAUUCGUGAGCACAGCGAGAGGGAAUGUUCUGGUGGCAUCCAAGUCCGGUGGAACCGUUGAGACCCGCAAUGCCUUGGUUGAAACGAAGGCUUUUUUCCUCUCCCAUGGCGUGGACUUUGCCUCGAAAUCUCUCGCCAUUACAUGUGCCGGCUCACGUCUGGACCGGAAUCCUGCCGUCUUGCUGGCUCGUGCUUGGCAGUCGCUGGCUGGAAGGGCAAUGGUGGUGUUGCCAUACAGGGACCGCCUCCAGCUGUUUGGUCGCUACUUGCAGCAGUUGGUCAUGGAAUCUCUCGGCAAGGCGCCGGUGCCUUCAAAAGUUUCCUACACUGCGAACUGCGAGAACUGCGAGGCAAGGAACUUGCAAGGGGACAUGGUGAACCACGGUCUGACAGUGUACGGGAACAAAGGAUCCACGGACCAGCAUGCGAUUCUGCAGCAGCUUCUGGACGGCCCCGAUGAUUUCUUUGCCGUAUUCAUUGCGGCUAUUGAGGGGGUCCACGACAAUGACAGCAAAGAGGUCGAAACUGGGAUCACCAGCAGCGACUAUCUCUUGGCCUUUCUUCUUGGCACACGUCGAGCACUGACCGCCGCAGGGCGCAGGAGCCUCACCAUCACCUUGCAGCGUGUGGACGCCUUCCAUUUAGGGGUCCUCAUCGCUUUGUUCGAAAGGGCAGUGGGAUUGUAUGCAGCGCUCAUCGGAGUGAAUGCCUACAACCAACCUGCUGUCGAGCUUGGGAAGCAAGCUGCAUCAGAUGUUCUGACUCUUCUGCGAAUGCUCCGAGAUAACGACACAUUGCCUGCCAAAGAUGCAGACCAAGAUGAUGUUGAGAUACUGCGAGAACACCUUGCAUUUCAGCAGGAUGUGUGGGAAAAAAUGUUGGGCUUGCUGCUCCGUGCGGUCGAAGAUGAACGUCUGGAGUGA